ACUAGGGAAGAACUCGAGCCUUGUGCCGCCUUCUCUGGUUCAGGUCCGGGCCGCUCCAUCAUGCAGCAGCUGCUGGUUCUGUGCGUCCUGCUCGCGUCACUGUGGACCGGCUGCACAGGUUCUGGAGACUGGUGCUAUCAAACCCAGUUCACCUGCGAACAUCAGUGCAAUGCACCAGAGAAGUGGAACCAUGCCAACCAGGACUGCGCAGGAAAACACCAGUCUCCCGUUAAUAUCGUCACCAGAAAGGUCUUGAAAGACGAGCGCCUGACCCCUCUACGCUUUGAGAAUUACCAGCAGAUUUUUAGAGGCUCCAUCAGAAACAAUGGCCACUCAGUUCAGGUUGGAGUUCCUCAUACCAGCACCGUCUCAGGUGGAGGCCUGCCCGCCACGUAUAAGGCUGUGCAGUUCCACCUGCACUGGGGCGACAACGGAGGGCCCGGUUCUGAACACACCAUUGAUGGGGAGCAGUAUCCCAUGGAGCUGCACAUUGUCCACAUGAAGAGCCACUACACAGAUCUGUCAACAGCACUGAGAGACAAGGAGGGAGUCGCUGUCCUCGGGUUUUUCUACGAGAAGUCCAACAGCGCAAACAAAAAGUAUGAUCCCAUCAUCAACACACUGCAAAGCAUUAAAGCUACAAAUGGCAACACCUCUCUGCCCUCCAUCUCUCUGGCACAGCUGAUCCCAUCAGAGCAGAAUAUGACCUCUUACUACCGCUACAAGGGUUCUCUGACCACUCCAGGGUGUACAGAGUCUGUGGUUUGGACUGUGUUUGAAAAACCCAUCCCUCUGAACUUGGAUCAGUUGAAAGCUUUCUCUAAGGUCCAGUAUCAUGAUGGCAAGCUGAUGGUGAAGAACUUCAGGCCUGUCCAGCCUCUCAAUGGCCGUCAGGUGUUCUACUCUGGAGGUUCUGUGGUCCUGGUCAGUUCGACUCUCCUGAUGUCUGCUCUCGUCACGGCGUUGAGACUAUCCCAGUCGGACUAGAGCGAGGCAUUCCAUACCGCACUGCGACAUCCAUGAACACAAACGGCUCUGCAUCAGAACCCGGCUGAGCUCUUGUUUCUAACAUCCUUUUUGGUUGCUAAGGUGACGGACCACGUCGUAGUGCAGGGGGUGCUCACACGGUGUUUUUCUCUUACGACACAAAAUGAAAAAAGUGUUUAAGGAGAGCCUCAUGAAAGGUGUUGUAAGGGUUUGAUCAGUGUUCAUGCAUGCCUACUGAAGUAUUAGGUCUCAUUUCAGCAUUAUGAAUGUGCCAUGAUCCAGUUGUUGGCACUCAAACUCAACACUAGAUCUUUUAAUUAGGGUGUACAUUUUUCAUCCUAAACAUCAACACACACAUACAACUGAAGCUCUCAUCAGGUUUCAUUCACCUUGUCCAAUGUCAGGUAAAUUUAGUCUGUUAAUAUCAGCACGAGUUGCCAAUAGUGUGGGAUCAAAGUGUAAAUGUCAGACCCCCAUGAUUUGGCGCAUGAUGCGUUGUUCUGAGCGGAGCACCGAGUUAUAGAUAGCAGAACUGAGUCAUAAAGCAUACGCUCUAUUUCAGAGCUAGCUGUCAAAGGAGUCAGCAGUUUCUGUCAAAGUACCAACAUCAGGCCACUCCGACAGAAGUCAGGAAGCUGCUUCUGUAAGUCCUUCAUGAAGAACAUCAGGAUGAUGUUCUGAGAGCAAGGCUGCAGCUUUGUGGCGUAGAACCAAACAACUCAUUUCAAACCAGCGUCGAUUCUUUCACGUACUGUACACCACCUAUGGCGUGCAUGAACCUGCAUGUUCAGAUGUUCCAGAUGUUUAGUGUAAGCUACAUGACCGCUGGAGUGAAGCUUCACACACUGAACAGAGCUGGCUUCGGUCACUUUGAUUCCCAGAACAAACCCGUCAGAUUUCAGUGAGCUCGUUGUGAGAACACACGGCUCAAAUAUCAGGCUCUCAGAUGCCCUGAAUGUUAUCGACUGUCAAGGACAGCCUGCUGAGUUCUCCCACAUUUCUUCAGGAGGAAAUAUAUGUAUUGUGUUGAUAGAUCCGUGCAAUGUUGCAGCAAGAUUUGUUGUGACGAUCAAGCAAAGGAUUUGUUGAAUUUUUCACACGGAGUCAUGUUUUAUUUUUAUGCAGUGUCGUACACAUAUUUAUGCACUGAACGUUUAUAAUGACAUGAGAUGUGCAGUUAUUAUUUAUGUAUCGCUGUGUUUAUUUACAAUGCAAACCCAUAUAUAAAGCAUCAAACGCUUUAUGGGAAACU